AUGUGGUUGUUUAAAACAAAAAGUACAACAACAAUCAUCAAGAUUAAUAAUAAUCAACUUGGUCUACCAGAUUAUAUUGUAAAGAGAAUCAUAAAGUGGUUACAACAUUCUAUUCCUCCAUGUUCAAAUGAUUCAGAAGAGGAUGAGAGUACAACAACAACAACAACAGAUAUGAAUCGUAAUGCAUAUACACUUUAUGAUGAUAGGAUGAGUGUACAAGCAAAUAUUUUGUAUCUGUCAUUGGUGUGUAGCUAUUGGUUUAAAAACAUCAUCCCAUCUUCAAUGGAUAGAUAUACUUAUAUCCUUCCAUCGGUAGCUAUUCAACAACAAGACAACAUAAAGAUAUUUGGAAGAAAUGUAAUUGCCAGAUACAAAAGAUCACCAUUACAACAACUUCAAUCAAUCAUUACAACGAUAUUUAAAAGAUAA